UAUUUUAAGGCCGCAACCCACUCACUCACUACAACUACAGAGUAAAGAGUACUAUGAUUUGCUUCACCACUUGUUGUAGAUCAUAGACUCUCACUUGCUCUUUCUACUAGAUCGGGAUCUGGACCCCUUUCUCUUACACGCUUCUCUCUCAGCUGAUAAAGUUGCAAUCUUUUUGCGGGAGAUCUGAGAUUGCCAAUCCCUUUCUCUCUGGUGCAUGUGAGUGACUAGGGAUUGUUGCCUUGGGUCUGUCUAUAGGAGCAACAUGGCAAUGGGGAAGUAUUCUCGUGUGGACGGGAAGAAGUCAUCAGGCCAUGGCUUUACCAUUACCAUAGUCUUAGUUGUUUCUCUCUGUUUGGUUGGGGCUUGGAUGUUCAUGUCUUCAUGGUCUGCUCCAACCGAGGCUGUUGACUUCUCUUCUAGCCACACUGCAAAAGAUGUGGAUACUAGUACCACAAACGAAGAAGUUGACCGAGGAGGUUCCAAGAGCUUUUCUGAUGAGAAGAGUGAGGUUGUGACAGAGAGCAAAGAAGAGAAGCCUGAUCCUGAGAGCUCCGGUGAGGAGAAGACGGAGCAGCAGGUUGAGGAGAAAAAGGAGUUUGAAGACAAGAACGGUGAAGGAGAUAGAAAGGAUGGAGAUGGUGAGUCAGAAAGUGAUGAAACCAAGCAAAAGGAGAAAACACAACUUGAAGAGAGCUCAGAAGAAAACAAAUCAGAGGAUGGUAAUGGAGCAGAAGAGAAUGCUGGUGAAUCUGAAGAGAACACCGAGAAAAAGACAGAGAAAAGCACUGAUGAAACUGAAGAGAACACUGAGAAGAAGACAGAAGAAAGCACUGGUGACCAGGCUGAGAUUACAAAGGAGUCAAGCACCGGAAGUGGAGCUUGGUCUACCCAAUUGGUUGAGUCGCAGAACGAGAAGAAAGCACAAGUGUCGUCAAUCAAAUGGAAAGUCUGCAACGUGACAGCUGGACCAGACUACAUCCCUUGCCUUGACAACUGGCAAGCUAUCAGGAAGCUUCAUUCCACUAAGCAUUAUGAACAUCGUGAGAGGCAUUGUCCUGAGGAAUCUCCAACCUGCCUUGUUUCUCUUCCCGAAGGGUACAAGCGAUCGAUCAAAUGGCCUAAGAGCAGAGAAAAGAUCUGGUACAACAACAUUCCUCACACCAAGCUUGCACAAGUCAAAGGACAUCAAAACUGGGUGAAGAUGAGUGGCGAACACUUAACAUUCCCUGGUGGUGGUACUCAGUUCAAAAACGGUGCUCUUCACUACAUUGAUUUCGUCCAAGAGUCGUAUCCUGAUAUUGCUUGGGGAAACAGAACCCGUGUUAUACUGGAUGUUGGGUGUGGUGUUGCUAGCUUCGGAGGAUACCUUUUCGACAGAGAUGUGCUUGCCUUGUCAUUUGCACCCAAAGAUGAACACGAGGCGCAGGUGCAGUUUGCUUUGGAACGUGGUAUCCCUGCAAUGUCAAAUGUUAUGGGAACCAAGAGGUUACCUUUCCCAGGAUCUGUUUUCGACCUUAUCCAUUGUGCUCGUUGUAGAGUCCCUUGGCAUAUUGAAGGUGGUAAACUACUUUUGGAAUUGAACCGUGCAUUGAGACCUGGUGGUUUCUUUGUCUGGUCGGCGACUCCGGUUUAUAGGAAGACCGAAGAAGACGUUGGCAUAUGGAAAGCUAUGUCGAAGCUAACAAAGGCAAUGUGCUGGAAACUAAUGACGAUUAAGAAAGAUAAACUGAAUGAAGUUGGUGCUGCCAUUUACCAAAAGCCAAUGUCGAAUGAUUGCUACAACCAAAGAUCUCAAAAUGAGCCACCUCUCUGCAAAGACUCUGAUGAUCAAAACGCCGCUUGGAAUGUUCCACUUGAGGCAUGUAUGCACAAAGUGACAGAGGAUUCAUCAAAACGGGGAGCAGCUUGGCCUGAGAGUUGGCCAGAGAGAGUAGAGACGGUUCCUCAGUGGUUGGAUUCUCAGGAAGGUGUGUAUGGAAAACCUGCACAAGAGGAUUUCACAGCAGACCAAGAACGUUGGAAGACGAUUGUUUCCAAGUCAUACCUCAACGGUAUGGGAAUCGAUUGGUCUUAUGUGAGAAAUGUGAUGGACAUGAGAGCUGUCUAUGGAGGUUUUGCUGCUGCUUUGAAGGAUCUGAAACUGUGGGUGAUGAAUGUGGUUCCUAUCGACUCAGCUGAUACGCUUCCAAUUAUAUACGAACGUGGUUUGUUUGGAAUAUACCAUGACUGGUGCGAAUCAUUCAGCACUUACCCUCGAACUUACGACCUUCUUCAUGCUGAUCAUCUUUUCUCUGCUCUGAAAAAGAGGUGCAACUUGGUGUCGGCAAUGGCUGAAGUGGACAGGAUUCUUAGACCACAAGGAACUUUUAUAGUAAGAGAUGACAUGGAAACAAUAGGAGAAAUAGAGAAGAUGGUGAAAUCGAUGAAAUGGAAUGUAAGAAUGACACAUUCCAAAGAUGGAGAAGGAGUGCUCUCUGUUCAGAAGUCAGUGUGGCGUCCUACAGAGGUCGAGGCAAUUACAUCGGCAAUAGUCUAAGAGGUGAAGGAAACAAAGAAAAAGAAGAAGAAGAAGACAUGUUGGUUUUUAAUUUUAUUAUAGUUGUAUGAUUAAAGUUGUUUCUUUUAUGAUCACAUUGAUUGGUCCAAUACUUGUAUCCUUUUUCCUUUGCAUCGACAAAAAUUGUAUGCAAGACAAUUAUCUCAAAACUGUAAACUUAUGAGUU